GCCAGCAAUCUGCCUGUGACAGUAUGUAUGAUUUGCUGAUAGCCUAGUUAAAAUAUAAUACAAUAAACUGAUAGGAGUUUAGUAUAUAGCUAGAGCUUACAAGGUUAAAAAGUAAUUAUAGUCACAGGACUACUGAAGAGCGAUAUAUGGAGGAAACCAACGAAUUGUAGAGAUGGGGAAGAAGAAAUUCAGUGGACUGGAAAUCUCUCUGAGCACUCUCUUCCUUUUGGUGGUGAUUGUAGCCUGUAUCUUGAUUGGACUUCUAGCGACAGGUCAUUCUGGUCUCAAAGAUUUUUCACCCACUUGUCGACCUGUACAGCCCUCUGAGAGGAUAGACUGCAUUCCGGAUCAAGUGGCAACAAAGAGCAUAUGCACACUCCGUGGUUGCUGCUGGGAUCCUCAGAAUGAAACAAACACGCCCUGGUGCUACUUUUCUAGCAGUCAUGGGUAUCAAGUAGAAGGAAGCCUUAAAGACACAAACACAGGAUUUCAAGCUACACUAAGAAGAUUGCCUGCACCAUCUCUGUUUGGAAAUGACAUUGAAAAGAUUCUCCUCACUGCAGAAUAUCAGACAGCAAACCGUUUCCGGUUCAAGAUUACAGACCCUGCUAAUAAUAGAUAUGAAGUCCCACAUCAGUAUGUUAAGAAAACCUUUGAUGGACCUAAAGCAAGCAACUUAAACUACAUGGUUAACAUCACCCAGAAUCCCUUUGGCAUCAGUGUGAUCAGGAGUAGCAAUAACAAAGUCCUAUUCAACACCACCAUAGGACCACUGGUAUAUGCUGACCAGUUCUUGCAGCUCUCCAUCAAAGUGCCCAGCUGGAAUGUUUAUGGUGUGGGAGAACAGGUCCACAAACAGUACCGUCAUGACUUUAACUGGAAAACAUGGCCCAUCUUUACCCGAGAUGCCUUUCCUAAUGGGGACAUGACCAAUCUGUAUGGUGCUCAGACUUUCUUCAUGUGCCUAGAAGACAGCAGUGGGCAGUCUUUUGGUGUCUUUCUUAUGAAUAGCAAUGCUAUGGAUUUUGUUCUCCAACCUGCCCCAGCCGUUACAUACAGGACAAUUGGUGGAAUUCUAGAUUUCUAUGUCUUCCUGGGAAACACUCCAGAACAAGUUGUCCAAGAAUAUCAGUCGCUUAUAGGACUUCCAUGGAUGCCCUCCUAUUGGAGUCUGGGGUUCCAGUUAUGUCGCUGGAACUAUACAGAUAUUAAUGAUUUGAAAGCUGUGGUAGCACGAAACCGGGCAGCUGGAAUACCUUUUGAUGUUCAAUACACUGAUAUUGACUACAUGGAAGACAGAAAAGAUUUUACUUAUGAUACAAUAGACUUUGCAGGCCUCCCUGAAUUUGUUCAAGACCUGCAUGACCAUGGACAGAAAUAUAUCAUCAUAUUGGACCCAGCUAUUUCUAUGAAUAAUCGCCAAAAUAAUACCCCAUAUGAAGCCUAUAGGAAUGGUGAAGAAAUGAAAGUGUGGGUAAAUGAAUCAAACGGAGUAAGCCCUCUUAUUGGAGAGGUGUGGCCAGGAAAAAGCGUCUUCCCUGAUUUUUCCAAUCCCAGCGCUAUUAAGUGGUGGGUUGAUGAGAGUAACAAUUUCCACAAUACUCUCCAAUUUGAUGGACUGUGGAUUGACAUGAAUGAAGUAUCCAAUUUUGUUCAGGGAUCAAAUUCUGGCUGUGCAGUAAACAACUUAAACUACCCACCUUUUACUCCGAAAAUUCUUGAUGGCAUCAUGUAUUCAAAGACACUUUGCAUGGAUGCAGUGCAGACGGCAGGGAACCAAUAUAAUGUCCACAGCCUUUAUGGAUAUUUCAUGACUAUAGCUACUGAUCAGGCUCUCCAAACUAUUUUCUCUGGAAAUAGAAGCUUCCUCCUUUCUCGAUCUACUUUUGCUGGAUCUGGGAAAUUCUCAGGACAUUGGUUAGGAGAUAACGCUGCCAAUUGGAACGAUAUUAAAUGGGCGAUACCAGGAAUGUUGGAAUUCGGUCUCUUUGGAUACCCAUAUAUUGGAGCAGAUAUUUGUGGGUUCUUUGACAAUGUCUCAGAGGAACUCUGCAGACGGUGGUUGCAAGUUGGAGCAUUUUACCCACUUUCUCGGAAUCACAAUGCUGAAGCACAUGACCCUAAAGACCCUGCAUAUUUUGGGCAGAACUCUCUUUUGGUGAACUCAACUAAACACUACCUGAACAUUCGCUACACUUUGUUACCAUAUCUCUAUACUCUCUUUUACAAAGCCAAUGUCCGGGGAGAGACAGUCAUAAGACCUGUUCUGCAUGAAUUCUAUUCAGAUGAAGCCACCUGGGCUAUUGACAGACAGUUCUUGUGGGGACCUGGGCUGCUUAUUACUCCAGUCCUGGACCCGGGUGUGGACACAGUGACUGCUUACAUGCCUGAUGCUGUGUGGUAUGACUAUGACACAAGCAUAAGAGCACCUUGGAGGAAAAAACAGUUUCAGAUGUAUCUCCCAGCCGACAAACUAGGACUUCAUGUCAGAGGAGGUUACAUCUUUCCAACUCAGCAACCGGCCAACACAACGUUUUACAGCCGUCAAAAUCCCAUGGGACUUCUAAUUGCCUUGGAUGAGAAUGGAACAGCAGCUGGAGACUUAUUCUGGGAUGAUGGCGAAACCAGAGAUACAGUGACAAAGAACUCCUACAUCUUAUAUGAAUUUAAUGUCUCCAAUAAUGUCUUAACUAUGACUGUGACACAAAACAGCUACAGUGAUCCAUAUAAUUUGGAAUUUGAGGAAAUCAAAAUCCUUGGAUUGGCCCUUCCGCCUACAGAUGUGAAAGUGCUCUCGAACAACGUGGCUCAAACGUAUCUUGUCAAUGUCAGUUACAAUGCUCCAGAUCAGGUUGCCCAUAUUACAGGUCUGCAGCUUAAACUGGGGGAAACACACACAAUAUCCUGGAAUCAGACCUUAAGUGAUAUCAACAAAUUUGAUUGUCACCCUUAUCCAAAUCCAACGGAACAAAGUUGUAAUGCUCUUGGUUGUAUCUGGAAUGCUGUUCUUCUUUCUGGAGUUCCUCACUGUUAUUAUCCUGCUGAUGAUGGUUAUACUGUUGACCAAAUUCAGUACACAUCAUCUGGUUUAAUGGCAGACCUUGGCAGAAGCAAGAAAUAUGUUAGACGUGCAGAAAGGGCCAUCGUACCCAUAGAUACACUUCGCUUGGAGGUGAAAUAUCAUGAGAACAACAUGCUUCAAUUUAAGAUUUAUGAUUACGUUAACCAGAGGUAUGAGGUUCCCGUGCCACUGAACCUCCCCAGCACUCCAGCAAGUACCCCUGAGAAUCGUCUCUAUGAUGUGUCAAUUCAGAACAAUCCAUUUGGUAUCCAAGUUCGACGCAGAAGCACUGGGACAGUCAUUUGGGAUUCCCAAUUACCUGGCUUCACCUUCAGUGACAUGUUCAUUCAGAUUUCAACUCGGUUACCCUCACAGUACGUGUAUGGGUUUGGUGAAACAGAGCAUACACAAUUCCACCAAGAAAUGAACUGGCAUACCUGGCCAAUGUUUGCAAGGGAUCAGUCUCCUGGAUACAAAUUCAACACGUAUGGAGUUCACCCCUUUUACAUGGGCCUGGAAAAUGAUGGAAAUGCUCAUGGCGUUCUCUUGUUGAACAGUAAUGGGAUGGAGGUAAAAUUCCAGCCAACUCCUGCUUUGACUUAUCGUACCCUUGGAGGAAUUUUGGACUUCUAUAUGGUUUUGGGCCCCACUCCAGAACAAGUGGUUCAGGAAUAUACUGCACUCAUUGGACGUCCAGUCAUGCCUCCAUAUUGGGGUCUGGGAUUCCAGUUGUGUCGGUAUGGAUACAAAAAUGAUUCAGAAAUCUCUGAUCUGUAUGAUGAAAUGAAGGCAGCUAAUAUACCCUAUGAUAUACAAUAUGCAGAUAUUGAUUACAUGGACCGGCAAAUGGACUUCACUCUCAGUCCUAAUUUUACAAACCUUCCAGCAUUGGUGAAUAAAUUAAAACAGGAUGGAAUGAGAUUUCUCAUCAUUUUGGAUCCAGCCAUUUCAGGAAAUGAAACUAAUUAUCCAGCAUUCACCAGAGGUGUUCAGGAAGACGUCUUUAUUAAAUGGCCCAAUGGCAGUGAUAUUGUGUGGGGAAAGGUGUGGCCAUACCUUCCUAACGUCGUGGUGAAUACCUCACUAGGCUGGGAUGAGACGGUGAAGUUAUACAGCGCUUGGACUGCUUUUCCAGAUUUCUUCCGCAAUUCUACAAUACAGUGGUGGAAAAGAGAAAUUCAGGAGGUCUACACCAACCCUACCUAUCCUGAGAAAAGCAUUAAAUUUGAUGGUCUAUGGAUUGAUAUGAACGAACCAGCGAGUUUUGUCAAUGGUGCUGUUACUGGCUGUGGGGACCCUACUCUAAAUAAACCUGAAUAUAUGCCAGCGGUAGUGGGAAAGGAUGCCGGGCUGAGUGACAAAACCUUGUGCAUGCAGAGUGAACAGAUUCUGCCCGACGGAAGACGAGUUUCACACUAUGAUGUCCACAACCUGUAUGGUUGGUCACAAACCAAGCCUACAUAUGAUGCUCUACACAGUAUCACUGGAGAACGUGGCAUUGUUAUUUCUCGUUCAACUUAUCCAUCGAGUGGCAAAUGGGCAGGGCAUUGGCUGGGUGAUAACGCCUCGACUUGGGAUCAGCUUUUCAAAUCUAUAAUUGGUAUGAUGGAGUUUAGCCUCUUUGGAAUAUCCUAUACUGGGGCAGAUAUCUGUGGCUUCGUUGGUCAUACAACUUAUGACAUGUGUGCUCGCUGGAUGCAUCUGGGUGCCUUUUAUCCAUAUUCCAGGAAUCACAAUGGCAUAGGAUAUAUGAGGCAAGAUCCUGUAUCCUUUGAUAAGAAAUUUGAAGACAUGUCCAGGAAUGUGCUCAACACCAGAUACACCUUGCUUCCCUAUCUCUACACGCUGAUGUAUGAGGCCCAUGCUCAUGGUAGUACAGUUGUGCGCCCUUUACUCCAUGAAUUUACAGAUGAUAAAAACACAUGGGUGAUCCACGAGCAGUUUCUCUGGGGACCUGCAUUGCUCAUUAGUCCGGCACUCCACCCUAAUGUUACAGAAGUGCGAGCUUAUUUUCCUGAUGCCCGCUGGUAUGAUUAUUACACGAAUAAAAACAUGGAAGUGAAGAGUGUGUUCCUGAACUUAUCAACUCCUCUUGAUCACAUCAACCUUCAUCUCAGAGGAGGCAACAUUAUCCCUUGGCAACUACCUGCUGCAAAUACCAAGGCCAGCCGAAGAAACUUAAUGGGCCUUACAGUUGCUUUGGAUGAUAUGGGGGCUGCUCAGGGUCUCCUUUAUUGGGACGAUGGAACCACAAUUGAUGCUUAUGAGAAGGGUCUUUACCUCGUGCAUACAUUCAAUGCCAGUCAGGGUGUCUUGGACAUCAACAUCGCCCAUCAAAGAUAUUCGGACCCCAACAACUUAAAGUUUGGUGAAAUUAAAAUCCUUGGAGUAGUAGCUAACAUCCCUUCCAAUGUUACAGUGCUUCAAUAUGGUGUAGCAAUUCCAUCGAACCAUAGAGCUGACUAUAAUUCUUCCAAUCAGGUCUUGCACAUUACAGGGCUUCAGCUGGCCCUGGGGCAAACAUAUUCAGUACGAUGGGGGCAAGAGCCCAUUCAAGACACGGAAAAAUUUGACUGUCAUCCAUACCCCGAACCCACCCAAACUACGUGUGAAGACCGUGGCUGCAUCUGGCAGGUUGCCUCUACUCCUGGUGUGCCGUAUUGUUAUUACCCCAGUAACUAUGGUUAUACUGUCAGUAACAUCCAAAACACAGCUGUGAGCUUGACAGCUGAUCUCCACAGGAUCACCAGCAUCCCUAACCCAUAUGGAUCUAGAUCACCAGCAGUGGACCUGCUUCGCUUGGAAGUGAAAUACCACUACAAUGACAUGCUACAGUUCAAGAUCUAUGAUCCCAAUCUCAAAAGAUAUGAAGUCCCGGUUCCACUCUUCACCCCAAGCAGCCCUCAAAGUACAGAAGCUAAUCGGCUCUAUCAGGUGGAAAUUUUGAACAACCCGUUUGGCAUACGGAUCCGACGCAAAAGCACAGGAACUGUCAUCUGGGAUUCUCAAGUUCCGGGCUUCACCUUUAGCGACAUGUUCAUUCAGAUUGCUACUCGCCUGCCAUCCCAGUAUGUAUAUGGAUUUGGAGAAACUGAACACACUCAUUUCCGAAGGAAUAUGAACUGGCAGACUUGGGGAAUGUUCACAAAGGACCAACCUCCUGGGUACAAAUUGAAUUCAUAUGGUUUCCAGCCCUUCUACAUGGGACUGGAAAACGACGGUAGUGCUCAUGGAGUCCUUUUGCUGAAUAGUAACGCUAUGGAUGUCACCUUCCAGCCAACACCUGCCCUUACAUAUCGCACGAUCGGAGGAAUUCUGGACUUUUAUAUGGUUUUGGGGCCAACUCCAGAGGAAGUGGUUCAGGAAUACACCAGACUUGUAGGACGACCUGUUAUGCCACCCUAUUGGGCUUUAGGAUUCCAGCUAUGCCGCUAUGGAUACAAAAAUGCUUCUGAAGUCGAAGAUCUGUAUAAUGCAAUGAGAAAGGCUCAAAUACCCUAUGACGUGCAAUAUACAGACAUUGAUUACAUGGAGCGGAAGCUAGACUUCACUCUUGGCCAAAACUUCAGCGGCCUUCCUGACUUUGUCAGACGAAUAAAAUCAGAGGGCUCAAGGUUCAUCAUCAUCCUGGAUCCAGCCAUUUCAGGCAAUGAAACUGCAGCAUACCCCACAUUCACAAGAGGCAUGCAGGAGAAGGUCUUCAUCACAUUGCCCAACAGCAAUGACAUUGCAUGGGCAAAGGUGUGGCCAGAUUAUCCCAAUGUAACUGUUGAUGAAAAUGCAAGUCUGGAAGAACAACUUGAGAAGUACCGGGCCUAUGUUGCUUUCCCCGAUUUCUUCCGCAAUUCCACAUCACAAUGGUGGCAAAGAGAAAUAACAGAAUAUCAUGCCUCCGUUCUGCAGUUUGAUGGCCUGUGGACUGACAUGAAUGAACCAUCCAACUUCAUUGACGGAAACAUUGGUGGCUGCCAUAAUGAUAACCUAAAUCACCCUCCAUAUUUACCAGCCUUGGUUUUAAGGGAGAGAGGACUGGACCUUGUGACAAUAUGCAUGGAAAAUGAACAGCAGCUCCCUGACGGGACACCCGUGAGGCACUACGAUGUGCAUAACCUGUAUGGAUGGUCACAAGCUGAACCCACCUACUACGGUAUGCAGAAUGCCACAGGAGAACGUGGGAUUGUCAUUACCCGUUCAACUUAUCCAUCCAGCGGACGAUGGGCAGGACAUUGGCUUGGUGAUAACUAUGCAAGAUGGGAUCAGCUUGAGAAAUCUGUCAUCGGUAUCAUGGAGUUCAGCCUCUUCGGAAUCUCCUAUUGUGGUGCUGACAUCUGUGGCUUCUUCAAUGACACAACCUAUGAAAUGUGCGCCCGAUGGAUGGAGCUCGGAGCAUUUUACACCUUCUCUCGAAAUCAUAACGUGAUGGGAACUAGAAGGCAAGAUCCUGUAUCCUUUGACUCAAGAUUUGAAAAUAUAUCGAGGAAUGUGCUCAACAUACGAUACAGAUUGCUCCCCUAUCUCUACACAUUAAUGCAUAAUGCCCAUGCUGAUGGCAGCACUGUUGCACGUCCUAUGUUGCAUGAGUUUGCAAAUGACAGGGCAACAUGGGAUAUCUACAAACAAUUUCUGUGGGGCCCAGCAUUGAUGAUCAGUCCUGUACUUCAACAAGGUGCUGUGACAGUGACGGCUUAUAUCCCUGACGCACGAUGGUAUGAUUAUCAUACGGGAAAAGACAUAAAUGUGCGAAAGCAGUUCCAGGAUUUGCAAGCACCUUUGGAGCAUAUAAAUCUACAUGUCCGGGGUGGUUAUAUCCUUCCCUGGCAGGAGCCUGGUAUCACUACUAAUGCCAGUCGGCAAAAUUUUAUGGGACUCACUGCAGCUUUGGAUGAUAAUGGGGCUGCACAAGGACAGCUUUACUGGGAUGAUGGAAUUAGUAUUGAUGCGUAUGAAAAGGGCAACUAUUACUUUUCAACAUUUGAAGUAGCUCAAAACACAUUGAGUGCCUCUGAGAUCCACAACAACUAUCUAACUGACUCCGUUGCUUUGAGAAUUGGUUAUCUGCACAUCUGGGGAGUCACAACCUCAGUUACAAGUGUUGCAGUUACUUAUAAUGGGACCAUAGAAACAGCUACUUUUUAUUAUGAUUCUGCAAACCAGAUACUGCAAGUUGAUUUCACUGGAAAAAAUUACCUCAUUCAUAAAUUAAACCAAGUCAAAUGGUGACAACAACCACUUAAAUGUCUGUGAAAAACAAGCUACAUGAAGACCUCUUCAGACCUAAUUAAUGUGUUUUUCCCGACAGUAUUUUGUUCAGUUAUGGUACCUGUAGACAAAUGAAGACAUGGAUGUGACUUAACUGUAGGUAAUAUAUUUGUCAGAAGGCAUAUUCAUUUUUUGAUAAAACACAGUAAUUUUGUUGCAUAUGCCAAUCCUAAAAUGUUGCUUUUGCCAUUACAUGAAAGGGGAUGUUUAUUUCAUUGAAGUACAGAGAAGGACAAUAAUUCUGUAAAAUAGCCAGUAGAAUGUGUUUUUUUAAAAAAGGGGGAAAAAGAUUAAUUAUUGCAGGGCAAUCUGUAUGGCAGGAAUCAGAUUUUGUGUGUGGCUGUUUUGCAGAGGAAUUAAAAUGUCAGUACAAUGGCUAAGUGCCUAACAUGAUGGACUAUAUAAUUGUUCUUUAUGAUGAUGUUUAUAAAUCUCUUUGCAAGGACAUGUCAUAAAAUACAACAGAGCUCUAUUUUUUGUAAAUUAUACUAAUGUGGCAAUAAAACU